UUUGUAAAACACAUCUUCGGUCUUUGGGAUUAGCAAAAUCAGGGCUAUCUCAAAAGAAAGGAGAUAAUUGGUGCCUUGCUGUAUUUACCCAAGUGACAUUUUCAAACACUUGGCAGAAAAGGCAAAUCCCGAAAGGCCAAUGAAAGGAGAACUAUUGAAAUGUUAACUAUAUAAAGCCCUCCGCUAAUAUUUUCCUUUUUUAAAAGUUAGUGUCCACUGAAGAGGAAAUUUAUCGAAGGCAAAUAAAGGCGUUUUCACCCGGCUGAGGAGAGGGGAGGGGGAGGAGAAGAAGAGAAGAGGGAGGGACACGCGACAAACGUAAAAGAAACUGGUGGCGUUCAGUCAAGACGGCUGGUAACGCUGCAGAGGCCGGGGAGUUGCUCAAGUCAGCUGGGCGCUCCUAGGCUUUCCGCACCCGGCCGUUUCUCGCCUCUGCUGUCUUCUUUAAACUUGUACCGGCGCGGGAGGAGUGCAGCCGGAGAGAGAUUUUUCGCUGUUGGGAAGGCAGGUCUGUGACAAGCAGGGGACGAGGCAACGACCGCGCAACCCAACCCCGGCGGCGGACGGAAGCUGGCGACUCAGUCAUGGACAGUAGCUGCCUCAACGCGACCACCAAAAUGCUAGCGACGGCUCCAGCUCGGGGCAACGUGAUGAACACAUCCAAACCCUUGGCUUUCUCCAUCGAACGAAUCAUGGCGCGCACCCCCGAGCCCAAGGCCCUGCCGGUCCCUCACUUCCUGCAGGGAGCCGUGCCCAAAGGAGACCCCAAGCACUCCUUGCACCUCAACUCGUCGAUCCCCUGCAUGAUCCCUUUCGUCCCCGUGGCGUACGACCCUAGCUCCAAAGCCGGAGCGACUGGCUCCGAGCCCCGCAAGGCCAGCCUGGAGGCUCCGGCGCCGCCCGCCGUGGCGCCCUCCGCGCCGGCGUUCAGCUGCAGCGACCUGCUCAACUGCGCGCUAAGUCUCAAGGGCGACCUGGCCCGCGACGCGCUGCCCCUGCAGCAGUACAAGCUGGUAAGGCCGCGCGUGGUCAACCACUCUUCGUUCCACGCCAUGGGCGCCCUGUGCUACCUGAACCGAGGUGAUGGUCCGUGCCACCCGGCUGCGGGCGUGAACAUCCACCCCGUGGCCUCCUAUUUUCUCAGCUCCCCUUUGCACCCACCGCCAAAAACGUAUUUAGCCGAAAGGAAUAAACUGGUUGUCCCCGCGGUGGAGAAGCUCCCUUCGGGUGUAGCUUUCAAAGACCUGUCCCAGGCUCAGCUGCAGCAUUACAUGAAAGAAAGCGCCCAACUUUUGUCAGAAAAAAUUGCAUUCAAAGCCUCGGAUUUCAGCCGCGGCUCUCCCAAUGCCAAACCCAAAGUUUUCACUUGCGAAGUCUGCGGGAAGGUCUUCAAUGCGCACUAUAACUUAACCCGUCACAUGCCGGUGCACACAGGAGCAAGACCCUUCGUUUGCAAAGUGUGUGGGAAAGGUUUCCGGCAAGCGAGCACUCUUUGCAGGCAUAAGAUCAUUCACACGCAGGAAAAACCUCACAAAUGCAACCAGUGCGGGAAAGCAUUUAAUAGAAGUUCCACGUUAAACACACAUACCCGGAUCCACGCGGGCUACAAACCAUUCGUGUGUGAAUUCUGUGGCAAAGGAUUUCAUCAAAAAGGGAACUACAAAAACCACAAGCUGACCCACAGCGGGGAGAAGCAGUUCAAGUGCAAUAUCUGCAACAAGGCUUUCCACCAGGUGUACAACCUCACCUUCCACAUGCACACUCACAACGACAAGAAACCCUUCACCUGCCCCACGUGCGGCAAGGGCUUCUGCAGGAACUUUGACCUCAAGAAGCACGUUCGCAAGCUGCACGACAGCACCCUGGGGCUGACCCGCACUCCGACUGGGGAGCCAGGCAGCGAUCCGCCGCCGCUGCCUCAGCUGCAGCCGCCGCCGCCGCCUGCACCUCUGCCGCCAAUGCAGCCCACGUUGCCGCCUUCAGGGCCUCUGCAACCCGGGCUGCACCAAGGCCACCAGUGACGGAGGCCAAAGUUCCCCCACCACCCCAGCGGGAGGGCCCCCACUGCGGAGGUCGGCAGACCAGGGUGGACCUCUUGGUCUAGGCUCUCCUGCAAAAACUGGGGCCCGUUGGGCCCCUCACUUCUGAGCGGACCAGAAGCCUCUACAUCCCUUGGCCUUUCGCCUCUUGCAUGCACCUGCUAAAUGGUUUUGUGUAUUAUAUUCUAUAUUGGCACUAACAAUUAUGAUACAUUUGGAGGGGCUUAUUUCAAUUUUUUUUAUAAGUUGAAAGACUUCAUCUCGGGUGGAGAGAUGGUGUUUGUUUUGUUUUGUUUUUAAACACAUAUCUGCUGUAUUUAUUGAGAUCUGUAUUAUUCUACUCGGGAAUGCUGCACCAUUUUAAUUUUAUUAUUGUAUAUAUUUCCAUUGUGUCGAUUCUGCUGUCUCAAAAUGCCUGCUGAUUGUUUAUAAUUUCCUCCUUCCCUGAAGCAACAAAACACGGUGUGUAUGUUCUAUAUACACACAGAUGUGUGUGCCCGUGAAGGCACGUUCAACGUUUGUGAGCACAUACAUAUACACACAUACACAUUAGAUAAGAGUGGUCCAUAAUGAAUGAAUUUGAAUUUUUGUUUUGAUUCUUGCACGAACAAGUUGAUUCAUUGACUGUUGGAAAUAAAUACUUGGAAUAUGCUUAUUUAAUCAA